AUGCACAGGAGGUUGAAAGAUCUCAAUGUGCUGGAAGAAACGGUCGGGUCGUCUCCUGUGCUUAACUCUUGCUACGUGCGUCCUUGCAUGAACCUGGUCAUCCUGAUAGGAAAGAACUGUGGGCUGCAGAUCCAGAGGAUGGUGAUGUUGACAGGACGCGACCUCGUGGGAAUUGCGCCGACCGGGUCUGGAAAAACGCGUGAGAAGGGUAAGAAUGGUGGGUUGAAGGGGGUGUUGCCGGGGGCGGGAUGGCGUACAUUCUGCCUCUUCUUGCGGAUGGACUUUGCAAAGCCAAGGAGUCCUUACAAUCUUCAGGGCGACCCCAUAGCCAGCCCACCGGGCUCACCGGGCACCCUCUACUGCACGGCCUCCGGCGUUUCGGAAGCAAACUCCGACAAGAAUAAGUAUCGACCCUCAGUGAUUGCCGGAGAUUUCAUCAAAGUAGACACUGGGGCAUCGGAUGCUGAUGUGCAGGCUCAAAGGUCUGCUACUUCAAGGCUGCAAGGAGCUGCGACACGGGUUCUGGCGAACCACUGUAUCGGAAACCUUAUGGCUUGCGUCGUCGUAGUUGAUGCACUGUGCACUUGGAUCGACAUUGAUGCUCGUGCAGCCGGCAUAUCGGCACCGACGUUCGUUGAAGUCUUUGCUGACACUGCUUUGGCCCUCUACAGCCUCGAAUUUUUGCUGCGAUUCGUAGGCAAAGGUCUGAGGGGCAUGGUCUCAGACUGGCUUGCAGUUCUCGAUAUUGUAGUAGUCAUGUGUGGCUAUGCAGAGAUCCUGUUGAAGGCAAUGGCUCCUGCUGACCUGGUGGCAAGGCUUAGCGUCAUGCGCGCGCUACGCUUGGCACGUAUUGUCCGCUUGCUGCAGUUUUUCAGGAGGAUCCGGGCCUUACGGGAGCUGCAGAAGUUGGUGACGAUGAUGGCGACAUGCCUUCGAACUUUAGCUUGGUCGUUCCUACUUUGCUUCGUUAUCAUGACUAUCUGGGCCAUGUUGCUGGUGGAGAUAGUGUACCCCAUCGUACAGGACAUGAUGACAGAGGGUGAUGCGACAAUUCUGGACUGUGCAUACUGUCAGAUCUCGACGAGCUCUGUCAUGGAGGCGACCUUGCUGCUCUUCAAGACCGUCAUCGCCGGAGACAGCUGGGGAAGGCUGGCUGUCCCGAUCAUACAGCGGAGUCCAGCAACGGCCAUCAUUUUUGUCGGCUCACUUUUGUCCUUGGUCUUCGGUGUUUUGAACAUCAUCGUUGCUGUGGUUGUCGACACAUUUGCUGAAGCCAGACAGAAUGACAUCUUGAGCUUGGCAGAGGAAAUGGAACACGACAUUGAGAAGGACCGGGAAUCCCUGCAGAAGCUGUUUGACAGGAUUGACGGAGACGGCAGUGGGGAGCUAACACUCCAGGAGUUGAUUCAGGGCGCUCGUCGUGACCCAGUUUUCCAAAGCCGGUUGCGAGUCAUGGACAUUGAUGAGAAUGACUUGCAGCAGCUGUUCCGCAUGAUCGAUGUGGACGGAAGUGGCACCAUCGAAGUGGCAGAGUUCAUUGGCCCUUUGAGUCGUUGGGUUCAUGAUUCCAAGACAGCACCUAGGUUCAUUAAGUAUAACAUGCUGCAGACGAUGCAGAUGCAAGAAGACUUGUACAGCCUGUCCAAGACAUGCUUUGGUCAUCUUUCAGAGAGAAUCGAUACAGUCGUGGCGAAGAUGAGCAUGCAAAAGGCAGAGCCCGGCUUGGUGGCGCAAGGCUGUUCUGAAGAGCAGCAAAUUGAGCAGCCGAAAGCCAGCAAAAAGCUGGAAGCACUCUGCCAGGAGCAUGUCGCCCCUACCCCGCCCGAAGCGACUACAUCUGCAUUUCCCAGCCACCAGAGUGAGCACAAGGGUGAGAUGUGGCAGAAGGCCUUGGGCAAGGAUGGAGCCGAAGUCGGGGCCUUGCUUGAAGCUCUCAUCGUGAAGGUCGAAGUGGGGAUGAUAGAAAUGGAGAGCAGAUUGAAGCGAGCAAUGGCUGGCCUUCCACCCGAUGGGUCUCCGCUGCGUUCAAUUCCCAAAGACACGACACCCACCGGUUCGAUCGGCUCGGGAGAUGUAAGGGCGCGUGCUGAUCUCUUCCGGUCCGUGUACGGUGAUUCCAAUC